AUCAUUGUCGACAGGGGAAUUGGCGAAACAGAGCCCUACACUGCGUCAAUCGUGUGUCGUGUCUGCAUUGGGCUAAGCGCGGCAGGCAUGCGUGCCAUCUGUUGAGUAUGGUAGGUGCAUCGUGGCCCUGGCUGGGAAUAAGCAAGCUGCGGACUUGGGCGAGAUGUCGGGUCUCUUACAUGUGUAGCCUGUGGUGUAUUUACCGACAUCCGCAGGUAAGUAAUAUGAACCUUACUAAGGAGGGAGGGAGAGAGAGCGAGAGCGAGAGCGGAAGAGGUGAAUGCCAAGCUAACCGGAAGAGAAACAUGGUAUGGCAAGUGAGGUAUCCGUGGUGCAGUGCACAUUGUAGGUCGAUAGCCGUGGGCGCCAUUGUGGAGUCCUGGAGGAAUGGCACCAGCACUUGGGCAAACUGCAAGUGCAACGGCAACGAACUGGGCAACUGCGACUCUCGCACGUCUUUGGACGUUGUGGAAGACGCGGUGGAAGGUUCGGCUUCGGCUAGGUACGUACUCUGUCGUCCUCGAGCACGCUGCAGGGCCAUAAUACCCGCAAGACCUCUCCGCAAGACCUACUGUAGGUAGUGUACGGAACCUGCGAGCACAAACCUGUUGGUCUUGCUAAAUCUGGCAAAAUGUUAUCGAGUGU